AUGAGCUCGACACCGCCAUCGCAGCCACCGACAACGCCUGCUGCCUCCUCGUCCUCGUCUUCGUCGACGUCGGCAUCGGCGUCCAGCUCGACACCCACCACCAAUGCUGCCCCUACCGCUCCUGCUGCCAAGGCGCCCAAGCCAGCGCCUCGCGAGAUCCCCGCAGUUCUUCGUCCACUCGAGUUCAUGGGCAUUCCCAAAUCUGUCCUUGCUUGGAAGCCUCGCUUGCCAUCUCGCAAUUGGUCCAUCUUCCUUGUCACCGUCGGAACGCUCUCCUACCUCUACUACGACGACCGUCGUCAGUGCAAGCUCAUCCGCGAAGACUACAUCGACAAGGUCAAGCAUCUCUCCACCGAGCCCAUGAAACCAGGAGAGUGGCCACGAAAGAUCACCGUCUAUGCCACCCGCUCUCCCGGUGACGAUGACUACGACAAGGCGUUGCGAUACUUCAAGAAAUACGUCAAACCUGUGCUCGUCGCUGCCGGUAUCGAUUGGGAAGUCACGAACGGCACUCGUCACGGCGGUCUGGCGCGAGACCUGCAGGCAAGGAUCCAGGAGAGGAGGCGAAAGCUGUUGGGACUCGAGCCGUGGAUGGACGAGAUCACCGCCAUGUCGCAGACGCAGUUUUCGCUCACACCGCAGCAGGAGCUGCAAAGGGAGAUCGAUGGUGGACUGGUGUUGGUGGGCAGACCCGCGCUCAAAGAAUGGGCUUGGGCGCUCAAGAAUGGCUGGUGCACACCACUCGAGGUGCUCAAAAAAGAUCGUGAUGACGAGCUCGCACAAGAACUCGCAGAGGACCAUGCAUUCGACGAGCUUCCUUCCGAGCCCUCCACCUCUACAACCGGUGACAACGCAUCGACAACACCGAGCGAAUUCCUCGACGAGAAAGACAGAGCCAUCGCCGCUCUCGCCGACACAGCCGAGGAGGACGGAGCAGGUGCACCGCUCCCGUCUCGCUUCGGCGCCGGUGCCAACAAAUUCGGAUCUACACCGUACAGCCUCGGUUCCGGUCCCAAUGCGUUCAGCAGCAUGAUGGGUCCAUCUCCCGCUGCCGCUGCCGAAGCGGAAAAGAAGCGCGUCAAAUCCGAAGCCGAAGCAGCAGCAGCACGACUCGACCCCAAGCUACUAGCACCACCCGAGCAGAUCCCAGCACAACCGCCCAUCUGCUUUGUCGACUUUAGCAACCUCGUCGGCUGGCGCAACAUUCCGCUUCGAAUGUACCAGUUCUUCCGACAGCGCGACAAGGUGCAACACGGUGCCGAGCUUGCCCUCACCUUGGUCUACGGUACCAAAGAGACUGCGCGAGAGUUCCAAGCCGGUCGACAGGGUACCUUUGCCGGCGAGGUGCCGCAAGCGCCACCACAGGGCGGUGACCUCGAUUGGGGAAUCGAGACUGAGGAACGCUACCCACCCUACUUCCUCAAAUCCGAAAAGAACCUCGCCGAGGCACGCGAGAGCUACUACAAAGCACUUCCCAAGCACCUCAAGGACGCGCGCGACCUCGCCCGCGGACUGCGCGAACAAACCAAGCUCGAAAAGAACGAUCCCAGCAAGACCGAGUCCGAGCUGCGCGAGCAACGCUUCAAAAAGGAAAAGGAGUGGAGGAACGCAGAGAUGGGCUUCGACAUCAUCAGACCGAGUGCAGGUGUAGAGUGGGACGAGAAGUUCAGAGGCAGCCUCAGAGUGUUUGAGCUGUCGAGCGAGGUGAGGCAGCAGAUCGACCAUCAGCAGCAGCUGAGGAAGGAAGCGAGCAAGGACAAGGAGCAGAGGUUGCAAGCGGAGGAAAAAGUGUUGAAGGCGGAACAGGCUCAACGACAGAAGGAACUAGAAGCGCAGCCGUUGGAAGAGUUGCCUACAGAUAUCUGA